CAUGUUUGAAAAAACAAAAAUCCUAUAAAACUCCUAGCCUGACCCUCGCUAUUACAUAUAAUUCGCUAUCCGGCUUCUGUCUCUUCAAUGGAGAUUCUUUACUCUCCUUUUCACUUCUUCAUCUUCAUCACCUUGCUUUCAACAGCAGCAGAGCUCAGCAGAUCUGCUGACACAAUAACUCUGUCUCGGCCGGUCAGAGAUAAUGAGACUCUAGUUUCCGCGGGAGCAAAGUUCGAGCUUGGAUUCUUCAGCGCUGGAAAUUCGUUUAACCGGUAUGUUGGGAUAUGGUUCUACAACAUCUCGGUCAGGACUGUUGUCUGGGUCGCGAAUAGGGAUGAUCCAAUCAAUGGCUCGUCAGGAGUCCUGCGGAUUGAGAGAGGAGGAAAUCUGGUCAUUGUUGACGGAACAGGAAGAGCUGUUUGGUCCACGGACACAGCAAAUGUGACCUCCGGUACCGUGGCUGCGCAGCUCCUGGACUCCGGGAAUCUGGUCCUCACAAAUGAAAGCAACAACGGUUCGAGGAAUAUCCUGUGGCAGAGUUUUGACCAUCCUUUCGAUACGUUACUCGCAGGGAUGAAGCUAGGGUGGGAUUUGAGGAUCGGUUUGAAUCGGUAUCUCACUUCUUGGAGGAAUUCAGACGAUCCUUCAACAGGAGACAUCACAUACAAAGUCGAACUCAAGGGACUGCCCCAGAAGUUCCUCCGCAGGAAUGCUUCAGUA